UCAACAGUCAUUGACACUUCUUCAACCAUUCAAACUAGCAACAACAGAGAUGUCAGAGGAACAGAGAGUGUCUGCUUCAAAGCUCAUACCAUUGUACAGGAUGUUGCAGCACAAGCUUGCACAGAAAAAGGAAAUGCAACGCAGGAAUCAACUGUACAAUUAGGCUCACAUCUACAAGAAGGUCUGCACUCCAGAUGUGGAGGGUACGAGACUUUUAGAGCCUUGGCACUGGCUACACUGCUGGACCCAAGGUUUAAAAAUGUGGCUUUUGGAAAUCCUGCCAAAGCCCUGGAUGCUGAAAAGCACAUCACACUGGAGUGUGCUUCACUGAUGCGUUCAAACACAACUCCUGAACCACAAAUGUCAACAUCAGGCCCAUCAUCAACACCAGUUGAAACACAAGACAGUUUAUGGGAACAUUUUGACAAUCGUAUCCGUGAGACCCAGAUGAUACACAAUCCUACAGCUGAUGCCACAGUGGAAGUGAAAAAAUACCUCAGCGAUGCGUUUUUGCCCAGAACUCAUGAUCCUCUAACUUACUGGAAAGAGAGAGCAGUAAUCUUUCCUCAUUUGUAUGUCCUAGCUAAAAAAUAUCUUUGUAUGCCAGCAACAAGUGUCCCUUGUGAGAGAAUUUUUUCAAAGGCUGGAGAAAUUAUCUGUAAAAAAAGAAGUAGGCUGAGUCCUUCAACAGCAGAGAAAUUAAUAUUUUUGAAUAAAAAUCUAUAAGAAAGGGAGACAUUGUGGCUUGAUUUAUUU